AUGACCGCGUUGUGUAUUUCUUGUCUCCUCUGUACAGCGUCCCGUUCCCCGGUGGAGGUUGGCAAGGUCUUCGCUCCAGAUGAAGAUGAUUGGGACAAUAAAACCUUCACGGCGGUCUCGGAAAUGCCUCCGCACUUUCUGUUGGACCCAAACACCGGGACACUGACCAUGUUGGGGAAUGCUGGUCAAGGAAUGUAUAACCUGGAAUUGAAGGUGUCCGAUGGCGUUUGGCCAGAUGUCACAGCCACCGUGAGAAUUCAUGUGAAGGAGAUCAAAAGUGACGCCAUCUUCAACUCCGCUUCCCUGAUAUUAACAAAUAUGACUGCAGAAGAGUUUAUCACAAAGGAUGAACAUGGAGUCAGUAAAGAGGACCGCCUGCGGAAGGUCCUGACAGAGGUGGUGCCGGCUCACCUGGAUAACGUCCAGUUCUUCAGUCUGUACAGUGAAGGAAGAGUGACGGAACUCAGGAUGGCUGUUCGGGAUUCCUCUUCUUACCACAAAGCAGACAAGUUGCGGAACUUGGUCAUUAAACACAAGGAAAAGAUCCAGGCAGCUGUUCAGACAGAAGUAUUCCCGGGGGACAGAGACUUCUGCCUGCGAGCCGUCUGCUUGAGGAGUGCAGGGUGCCCCGAACACAGCACGCUCCGAGACUCCCCGAAUCUGGUAGAUGGGGGCAACGCGUCCUUCGUGUCCGUCAUCCACGAUCUGGCUUCAGCGUGCAGGUGCCCACCGUCCGGCCGGGCUAGGCCUUCCUGUUCCUCUUUACCACGGAGCCCCUGUCUGCAUGGCGGCACCUGUGUGGACACCGCUAGUGGGUACAGGUGCCAGUGCCUGACGCAAUUCCGCGGACCACUCUGUCAGCUGACCCUCCGUACUUUCCAUGGUGAUGGAUACGCUUGGUUCCCGCCAAUCAAAUUCUGCUCUGAGGUCCGUCUAUCUUUGGAGUUCAUCAGUGACCAGUCGGAUGGGAGGCUGUUGUACCAUGGGCCUGUGUCCAACCAGGACGCAGAGGAUUCCUUGUCUGUUGACAUCGUGCGGGGUGUACCGAGGCUGAAGAUCCGACAAACUGGCGGCACCCUGAUAGCGCUCCAGUUACCGGAGACUGUGAACGUGACUGACAGCAUUUGGCAUCGACUAGACAUCAAGCUGAGGAACAAGGCCGCGAUAUUGACUCUGGACCACUGUAGUUCAGCCGUCAUUUCGGAGAAGGAGGGAGUCGGGAAGAGGUUAUUGUCGGAGGACCGUGCAAUGUGCGAAGCCCAAGGACUGAUGAUGCAAGAGUGGAGGUAA